AACUACGGAACACUUCCUCGUUCAGUUCAGAACUCGCUGUAUCUGUGCUCUCGUAUCACCUCGAUGCCAUUUCUAAUCAGAGAUAUCUAACAAAGACUUUAACAGAUAUAAAAAUAGGCGAGAUUAAGGUAUCCGCCCAUUUUUUUGGUACACCAGUGUAUUGCUCGUCAAGGGAACAGUAUUUAAACUGAUUGAAAAUGAUGUGGACGUCGGACAAGGUGUUGGAUCUGGUGCUGUAUACCUUCGUGAGCUACUUCCUCGGGCAUUUGCUGAGCUGCCUCGGCCUCCUGGGCUUCUGGUCGGUGUUUAGUGUUGCUUGGCUGGUGUCCGCUGGCGCCUCCUUGUACCUUGCCAGUGUUCAGAUAUCACCGGCGAAGAAGGCAGUACUAGUAACAGGAUGCGACAGCGGUUUCGGACACGCGAUUGCUCUUCAGCUGGACAAAAUGGGUUUCCGUGUAUUCGCCGGAUGUCUCCAGGCAGACGCAAGUGGUCAGGGCGCCAAGGUCCUUCGUGAGAAAGGGUCAGACCGUCUCCACGUCCUCCAGCUGGACAUUACUUCCAGCGAUCAAAUCUCCAAGGCCGUGGACUACGUGCGGAACACCCUGCCUGAUAAUGAGGUCUUUUGGGGGCUGGUCAACAAUGCAGGGAUUGCAAUCAAGGGAGCGGCCGAGUGGGUGCCCUUGGAGAUCUACAGGAAAGUCGCGGAGGUGAAUGUCUUUGGCCUCAUAGCGAUGACCAAAGCUUACUUGCCUCUCAUCCGGGGGUCUAGAGGUCGAGUUGUUAACGUGACGAGCGUCUCCGGGUGCAUGGGCGUUCGGAUCUGCUCCCCGUAUAUUUCGUCCAAGUAUGCUGUGGAAGGAUUCUCGGACUGUCUUAGGUUGGAGUUGAAACAGUUUGGCGUGAAAGUUUGUGUGGUGGAGCCUGGAAGCCACGUCGUAGCUACACAGAUACUGACGAAGGAGAUGCUGGACCGCCAGGCUGACGAGAUCUGGAAGAGCAUGGACGAGGAGACGAAAUCGGCCUACGGCGAAGAGGCUUUUCGCAAAUCCUACGAAGCUUUCAAAGAUCAUGGGGAAUCCGACAUUCAGCCUGUUGUUGACGCAGUAACCGAGGCGCUGAUACACAAACACCCACGGGCUCGGUACUGUUCUGCCAACUGGCCUUAUCGGGUAAUGCUCUUCGUUUCCAGACACCUUCCUGAAUGGGUCUUUGAUGCUCUCUACAACUAAAGGUCAAAGGCACAGAUCAAAGACCCACUGAUGCGUACCAUUUGAAUUUCUAAUGGAUUCCAUCAUAGGGAAUUAGCUCCCGUGAUCAGAGAAUUGCUAGAGAUAUUACACGGCACUUUAACGUUUUUCUUUGAACUGUUUUCAACAAUAGUGUAGAAAGCAAAUAAAUAAAAUGAAAGA